AUCAUCACCAUGAACACCUUUGCUGCCCUCGUCUGCCUCGCCGCCGUCGCCGCUGCCUCCCCGCAGUUCAGGGCUCCGACUCGACAGACCUUCCAGGACGAGCGUCAGGUGGCCAUCUUGAGGGACGACCGCCAGGAUUCCGGCGACGGCAACUUCAACUACAACUUCGAGGCCGAAAACGGAAUCAGCGUUUCUGGUUCGGGAGCUCCUGGAUCUGAGGGCCAGAGCAACAUGCAAGGCAGCUACAGAUUCACCCUUCCCGACGGAACGAUCGCCGAAGUGAGAUACGUCGCCGACGAGUUCGGAUUCCGCGCCGAAUCCCCCCUCAUCCCCACCCCCCACCCCCUCCCCGCCCACGCCAUCGAGCAGAUCCGAGUUGCUGAGGAACAACGGCGUCGCGGAAUCACCUUCUAAAAUAAAGAUCACUACUUCUGGAUGGCUCUAAGAAUGACAUUUACUUUAUAUGAAUACAUACGAUGAUUCUGUAAAUAUUUUGUAGCAGGACCAUUUUCAUCAUCAUCAUCACAAUAAAACGAGCAUUAUA